AUGACGACUGAUGUAAUUACUACUAAUGAUGAUACUAUUGCUGCCACAAUCCAUGCCGUCGCUACUACUACUCCUGAUACUAUUACUACUUCUACUACUGAUGAUACUAUUACUACUUCUACUACUGAUGAUACUAUUGCUGCCACAAUCCUUGCCGUCGCUACUACUACUCCUGAUACAAUUAUUACUUCUACUACUGACAUUACUACCACCUCCACUACCGAUGAUGUUACUACUACUUCUACAACCGAUGAUUAUACAACUACUACUACCGAUGUUACUAGUACUUAUUCUACCGAUACUGUUUCUAGUACUGAUACUAUAAUUCUAACAACUGAGCAAAAUAUUCCUGUAGCUAAAGCCAAUAUUAUUACCAACAGACAGCCAACAGAGUUAACGCCAUUAAUUGAAGAAGUUCCUAUAAUUUACAGGAUUACGAAAACAUGUAGAGACAUGAGAUUUGGAUGUUGUCAUGAUGGAGUUACUCCAGCUGUGGGAAUCAACUUUUCAGGGUGUGACCCCAUUCCCAGAUCAGAGAUGACGACUGAUGUAAUUACUACUAAUGAUGAUACUAUUGCUGCCACAAUCCAUGCCGUCGCUACUACUACUCCUGAUACUAUUACUACUUCUACUACUGAUGAUACUAUUGCUGCCACAAUCCAUGCCAUCGCCACUACUACUCCUGAUACUAUUACUACUUCUACUACUGAUGAUACUAUUACUACUUCUACUACUGAUGAUACUAUUGCUGCCACAAUCCUUGCCGUCGCUACUACUACUCCUGAUACAAUUAUUACUUCUACUACUGACAUUACUACCACCUCCACUACCGAUGAUGUUACUACUACUUCUACAACCGAUGAUUAUACAACUACUACUACCGAUGUUACUAGUACUUAUUCUACCGAUACUGUUUCUAGUACUGAUACUAUAAUUCUAACAACUGAGCAAAAUAUUCCU